CUGAUAACACGCAAGAAAAAGCUAUUAACCGCAGUGUAAUGUCUUGGACUAUGAGAGGAACGCAUGAGGUGCGCUUUUCCAAAGUAUUCUCCAGAUGCCUGUCUGAGCUAUAAAUAUUGGAAGCCUCAUCUAGGGACAUGUCUUAAGAAGAUUGACUGCUUUGCGUCUACUUGGUUCCACCACAAUGGGAGUAUCUACUGUAAAGUGAAGAAAGAGACAAGCAAAGAACCGGUAGAGUUGCGCUGAGAAGAUUACUGCCCCAAACAUUUCCCUGAAGACCUGAUGUAGAAAGUACAACAGCGAUCUCGGAGGCUGCGACAUCGCAGCAGCGGCGCCGGAGCACUGGCGCCGUCGCCACAGCGCGGCUGAUGUGGAGGCGCGACGCCGUGACGUCAUGAACAGCAGUGCUGCGGACAGCCAGAACGCGACAGCGGCGGACACGGCGUGGGCGCGCGACGAGGCGCUGGCGCGCGUCGAACUGGCCACGCUGUCCCUCAUCCUGGCCGUCACGCUGCUUGCCAACGGUGCCAUCCUAGCGGCGCUACUCUCCAGGAGGCGGUGGGCUGGCCGGCGGAUGUACUUCUUCAUGGCGCAGCUGAGCGUCGCCGACCUGCUCAACGGGCUGCUCAACGUGCUGCCGCAGCUCGCCUGGGAGAUCACCUUCCGCUGGAAGGGCGGCGCGGUGCUGUGCAAGCUGGUGAAGUACGGGCAGCCGCUGGGGCCGUACCUGAGCUCGUUCGUGCUGGUGGUCACGGCGCUGGACCGCCACCAGGCGGUGUGCAGGCCGCUCACCUACUGCUCCUGGACGUACCAGCGCUCCAGAGCCAUGAUGCGCGUCGCUUGGGCCGCCGCGCUGCUCUGCUGCGUGCCGCAGCUGUUCAUCUUCUCGUACCAGGAAGCGGAGCCAGGCGUGUACGACUGUUGGGCGACGUUCCAAGUGCCUUGGGGUGAAAGAGCCUACGUCACCUGGUACAGCGUGUCGUCGUUCCUGGCGCCGCUGGCCGUGCUGGUGGUGACGUACGCGCGCAUCUGCCGCUCGCUGUGGCGGCACGCGGCCCACCCGCGCAUCUCGCGCGCCAAGGUCAACUCGGUGCGCCAGAGCGUCGCCGUCGUCUCGCUGUACGCCGCCUGCUCCGCACCCUUCUGCGGCGCACAGCUGCUCGCCUCCUGGCACGCCAACUCGCCCUUUCUCACUGGGCCCGCAUUCACGAUCCUGACGCUGCUGUCGAGCCUGAACAGCGCGGCCAACCCGUUCAUCUUCCUGGCGUUCGACACGCAGCUGCGGCGGCUGAUGCGGUGCUGGCUGGCGUGCGACGCGACGCUCGAGUCGCCGGAGUACAGCGCCACCUCGAUGCAGGCGCACCACCAGCCGCAGGCGGCGGGCCCGCAGCGGCGCAGCUGGCGCACCGCGCUGCUCGCCGACGCCUCGGCGGCCGGCCGCGACCCGGGCCCGCGCCGCGCCGCCUCCAACUGCUGCCUGUGA